AUGGAUAUUGUUAUUUCAAUUGCGUCCAAAAUUGCAGAGUCCUUGGUAAGACCAAUAGGCAGAGAAUCUGGCUAUUUGAUUUACUAUGAUACCAACAUGAAAGAUCUAAAGAAUCAACUUAAAAAGCUUUUUGAGAAGAAAGAUGGGGUGCAAGAAUUGGUUAAUGCUGCCAAAAGGAAUGGUGAAGUUAUCAACUCUGAUGUUCAAAGUUGGCUAACAAGUGUUAACGAGUUAAUUAAAAAAGUGUCGCAUUUUGAGGAAGAAGUCAGCAUGAAAAGGCGAUGCUUGUACCGGUGGAACAUAAGUAGGAAAGCCACUAAGAUUACACAAGAUGUUCUUUAUCUCCAAAAAGAAGGAACAUUCAAUAAUGUUGCCCAUCCUGCACCUCCACCGAUGAUAUGGUCAACAUUCAAAGAAGGUUUUAAGGAUUUUAAAUCCAGAAUGACACAUGUGAAUAGGGUGAUAGAGGUUUUGAAGAAUGAAGACGUUAGAAUGAUUGGGAUUUGUGGUAUGGGGGGUGUGGGUAAAACCACAAUGGUGAAAGAAAUCAUCAAAAGGCUGGAAGGAUUGAAAGCAUUCGAUAAUAUUGUGAUGGCAGUUGUGUCCCAAAGCCCAAGCAUUCAGAAGAUUCAAUCAGAAAUUGCAGAGGAGCUGGGGUUUAAAUAUGACGAGAAUACCGAAAGUGGAAGAGCACGAAGGCUCUACAGAAGACUCAUGGAAAUAAAUAGCAUCCUAAUUGUAUUAGAUGAUGUGUGGACAGAGCUUGAUUUUGAGGCUAUAGGACUUCCUUCUCAACUUUCUCAUAAAGGGUGCAAAGUUCUGUUGACCUCGCGAAACUCGGAAGUGUGCAAUGCAAUGGGAAGUCAAGAAAUUUUUACAAUCCCAGUUUUAACACCAGAGGAAUCAUGGGAACUCUUCCGUGAAAUCAUAGGUAAACCCUUGGACCAUCUUGAUUUGGCUAAACGAGUCACAAAUGAGUGUGCAGGUUUACCUAUUGCUAUUUUAACUGUUGCGAAAGCACUAGAAAAUAAGAGGAGGCAUGAAUGGGUUGAUGCACUCAAACAGCUACAAAGUUCAGCUCCUGGAAGCAUCUCUUCGAUGAAUGACAAAGUUUAUUCAAGCAUACAAUGGAGUUAUGAUAGAUUGGAGAGUGAUGAAGCGAAGUCAUGCCUUUUGCUUUGUUGUUUAUUUCCUGAAGAUUAUGAUAUUCCAAUUGAAUAUUUGGUUAGAUAUGGAUGGGGUCGAGGGUAUUUUAGUAACAUUGAUUCAGUGGAAGAAGCAAGAAAUAGAGUGCAUUCUUUGGUUGACAAACUUCAAAGAAGGUUUUUGUUGCUAGAGAGCAAAUGGGGAUACCAUACCAAGAUGCAUGACAUAGUUCGUGAUGUUGCCAUAUCAAUUGCCUCAAGAGAUCCACAUAGAUUUCUAAUAAGAUGCGAUGCUGAAAAGAAAGGGUGGCCAAAGAUAUACGACCAUUGCACAACAAUCUCACUGAUACCAAUUAAUAUUGAUGAGAUCCCAGUUGGCCUGGAGUGUCCAAAACUUGAGCUUCUACACUUAGAAGGCGAACGUUAUUCGGAAAAUAGCAUGGACAUCAUGUGUAAAGGGAUGAAAGAGCUGAAGGUUUUAGCAUUGGUAGACAUGGGUGGGAUAUCAGCCUUGCCAAGGUCACUAGGACUACUGAAGAGCCUUCGAACCUUGUCCCUAAAUGGUUGUUAUGAUUUAACAGAUAUAUCUGAUGCUAUUGGAAGAUUGGAAAAUUUAGAGAUCCUCAGCUUUCGUAAAUGCUCUAGAAUCUUAGAGUUGCCGAAGGAAAUUGGACUUCUUAAACAUUUAAGGUUGUUAGAUAUCACGGAUUGUGAUCGUCUUGAGAAGAUUCCACAUGGUCUCUUAUCGAGCUUAUCUAGUCUUGAAGAGUUGUAUAUGAAAAAUAGUUUUUGCAAAUGGGAACAAUCAGCUAAAGAAAGCGAAGAUAAGAGGAUGGCAAGCCUUGUUGAGGUGAUGUCUUUGUCUAAUCAUUUGAAGGUUUUAGUCUUAGAGAUACCCGAUUUCAACUUCUUUCCAAAAGACUUUUACUUGACAAGCCGGGCAACAAUAAGAUUCCACAUAUCCAACAACUUGUUUGCACGAGGGCUUUUUGGAGAUUCAUUCGAAAAUAUUGGUCGUUAUGCAUUCGAAAAUAAGUUGGAUAUUUUUCAAAGUGAUGCAACGGAAUUCAUGGAGAUUCAAAUUGUUCGUGUCUUAUUGAAGAAAUGUGAAGAUUUAAUCUUGGGAAGGAUUAAGAAUUUAAAGUAUGUCCUCAAUGAAUUAGACCAAGAGGGAUUGCAACACUUAAAAGUUUUAACAAUUUGGGAGUGCCCCGAGAUAGAAUACCUUGUAAAUGGAGCAACAAUAUGCCACGACCAACUUCCACAGAGCUCUUUUAUCAACUUAAGAUCUCUUGAAUUACAAUUGUGCCCUGUUUUAAAAUAUGUAUUUUCUCUAUCAGUAGCAAGCAACUUGGUUCAACUCCAAAGCUUAAGUGUUGUCAGGUGUCCCCAAAUGAAAGAAAUCGUCUCAAAGGAGUGGAGGGAACAUGAGACGGCAUCGGACGUCAUAGUUUUCCCUAAAUUAACAAAUUUGACACUCCAUCAUCUAUCUAAUGAAUUCGUUGGUUUCUACGAAGCCAACAAGCUAUACUCCAACAAUGAGGUAUGAACUUCAUAUGAUCAGCAUCAAUCUUCUAGAAGCUUUGAAAGAGCGGUAUUUCCAUCAAAGUGCAUUUUAUGGUUACAAAAUCUAGAAGAUGUGGAACUAGAACGGGCCGAUGUAGAUGUGUUCUUUGAUCUGAAAGGCCAUAUGGUUAGGGAUGGGCAGGCAGUUCCAGCAUUUUCUCAUUUACAAAAUUUGUCCAUAUGGAAUUCUCGAUGUCGACACCUUUGGAAGAACAUUCCACGUGGAUUCCAGGGCUUCCAAAAUUUAAAAUAUUUAAACAUAGACGGUGGUCAUGAUCUCCAAUAUGUGUUCCCACAUUCAAUUGCACAUUCAAUCGACAUAGAGCGAUGCUUGAAAAUGGAAACUAUAGUCAGAUUCUCAGAUGAAAAUGAAAAAGAGGAUCAGACGGGCAUGACUUUGUUUCCCAAACUAAAUAGUUUUCAUCUACGCCGGCUUCCGAGUCUUGAGAGUCUUUGUCCUGAUGCUUCUACUUCUUUAUGGUCAGCCGCCAAAUCUAUGUAUGUGCGAGGAUGCGACAAACUGAAGACAUUGGCUUCAGUAAUUCCACAAAUAAAACAGCUGGAAAAAGAUUCAACAGCUCAUCACGAAGCUACUUCAAGAAGAAAUAUUGUUCAAAUAUUGCCACGUCCAGUCAAUCAAGAGGUUGCACCAACAAAUCUUGAUCAAGACUCAAAUGAUUACGAUAAUCUAGAACGUCUUUCUGUAAAAUCUUGUGAGUCAUUGGAAGUUGUUUUCCAACUCAAGGGACCAAAGGCUGUGGAAAGCCACAAUGUUCAAGCAUUCAAUAAGUUGCGUAACUUGUCGUUAUACAAAUUGCCAAGUUUAAUGCACGUAUGGGAAACGGGCGGUUCACAUCAUAUCACAGGCUUCGGAAACUUGACAUUCUUAAGUGUAUCCCACUGUGGCAGUUUGCGAUAUUUGUUCUUGUCAACUGUAGCCAAGCUCCUUGUCAGUUUAAAGGACUUAAAAAUUGGGAAUUGUGAGAAGAUUGAACACGUUAUUGCAAAAGCAGACACUGAAUGUGCUGAUCAGGAAAUUACAUUUCCUCGACUGAAUUCCAUGAUGCUUGAAGAUCUACCAAACCUUAUCUGUUUUUCGACUGAAGCUUAUACUUUGAAGUUGCCAUCUUUGAUGGAAUUGAGGGUUAUAAAUUGUCCAGAUUUAAGAACAUUUGCUUCUAAGGUUGUCAACACACAUUCUGUAAUUCAAGUGUACACAGAGUUGGGAAAGUCUGAGUGGAUGGGGGACCUCAAUAGCACUAUAGGGAACAUUCACGAAAAAAGGGAAACACAGAGAAGUACAGAGCACAUUCAUGAGGAGGUUUGAGGUCUGUUCUGAAGAGUUUUAUGAGGAUGUGCAUACAGACUCUACAGAGUGAGUUCUUGAAGUUUGGAAUAGCAAGUUGCAACUCCACAUCUCUAACCUCAUCAAUUCUUGAGAAACAAUCCCAUUUCAAUUCCAAGUGUUAAAGUGUAUUAUAAUUCAUGUACUGGAUUUCAUUUGUAUGUCAUUCAAAUGUUAGAGCAGAUCUGAUGGUUAAGGCAUAAGUUCAUGUAUUUUCAAGAGUUACGAAGGAUUGAUGUUAA